AUGAGUCGGAAAAAAUCAUUUCUGACACUCUUAUUAUUUUAUUUAACAAAUUGUCUGAUCCAAACUGCCUUUUCUGGAAGAAGUCUAAGUGGUUCGGGUCGAAAAAGUUUCAUUUCAAGACAUAGCUCUGAAGGGUCGGCAAGAAAAAGUUUUAAAAGUCUUCCUUCAUUUAAAACUGAAGAGAUGGUUGCCGAAGAAUAUGUUCAGAAGUUGGUGGGUAAAACGCAAUAUUUUAUGCCGAAGGUUAUUGAUGGUGAUGUUUAUUGUAAAGAAGGAGAUUUUGUUGAAAUAAAGGGUGAUGAAAAUCUUGAAAAAUCAAAGAAAAAAGGAUGUAAAUAUAUUACAUCAAAAGAUAUAACUGUUGCAAAAUUAUUUGAAUAUUUUUAUUUGAAAAUUGAUAAAAUUGAAGGAAUGAGAGAAAAACUUGAGCAAGUAGAAUUUGAAAAUGAUAAAUGCAAUAUUGGCUUCCCAUUGCCAAAAAAUAUUUUUGGAAAGGCAUUUCUACUUGACACCGCCUUAACAUUCUCUGGAGAUGAAUUGAAAGAGUUGGUACAUGGCGAAGAAAAAAUGGUUUAUAAUAAAUUAUUGAAGGAAGAAGAAGAGAAUGACGAUGAAGAAGAUGGAGAGAAUAAUGAUGAAGAAGAAGAAGAGGGUGAUGCUCGUUUAAGUACACAUAUUUUGCUUGAGCCAAUUUACAAGGGCAGUAGUGCAUUCACAGAGAAUUUUAUUUUGAAUUUUGAAAAAAUCCCAAAAAUGGAAUAUGAAUACGAAAUUCAAAAACAGAAGAAUCUUAAGGAUACAUCUAAAAGAAUUUCUGAGAAAAUACACACGAUAUUGAAAAAUAUGAUUGAAAGGAUGGAGAAAAAAAUUGGCAAAGAAAAUGAUAAAGUAAAUCAAACAUCCUCGCAGAAGGCAAAUUCUUUACCAAGAGAAGAACCUCCAUCAGAGGAAAACGAAGAUGCACCCAUCAAUAUGCAAUCAGUAGGACAUGAUAAUAUUGAAGAAGAUAUUUCAGCUUUAAAAGAAUUAAAAGAUGACAAAUUAACAAUUGAUAAAAAAUUAAAAUUAGAAAUUUAUCAAAAGAAAGAAGAAAUUGAAAGGAAAUUGAUAGGAAUUCUGAACGGAUAUAAAACAGUUGAAGAAAAGAAAGGACAGAUAGGUAGAUGGAAGGUAAUUGUUGAUGAUUGGGAAAAAGAUGCAAGAAAAUCCUUUGAAAAGAAAAUAGAAAUAAAAAAAGAUGAAGAAGGUCACAAGAAGUUGCUUGAAUAUAAACCGCAUGUAUUUGAAUUUCUAAAGGAAGUAACUUUCGGAGUGAGUAUUAAACCAUCAAACAAACGUUUCAAAAAACUUGAAGAAGAAGAGUAUGAAGAGUUGAUAGAAUUUUUCAAAAAUCCUCGGGAAUUUCUUAAUUCGCCUCCCGAAGAAAAUGAAACAGCAAACAAUGAUCAGUCGGAAAAUUCUGAAAAUAAAUGGAAAAAGAAAUUGAGUGAAAAAUUGUUGAAGUUUAUAUUUGAAGAAAUGGAAGAAAUAAAAGGAAAAGGAGUUGGAGAAGGAGGAAGGGGAGAUAAAGAAGAGCAGUAUAUUAUUAAAGUAUUAAAUGAAGAAUUUAAAUGGCUAAAUUUGGGGUUUAAACGCAAAAUAAAAGAAACGGUUCAGAAGAAAGUAAAGGUUGAAAAUAAUAGAAUGUUUGUUGUUGAAGAUUUUAUAAAGUUGAAAAAAGAGUUGACAGAUAUUGACAAUGGCAUUGAAAAUUGUAAAAUGUUAAAAGAUCCAAUACUACAAGUGUUACGUUUUAAUGAUGAAAGUGACACUAUACAUCAGGAAUUCCGUGGAAGGUCUGUCUUUUUUAAUUUUAAUGGGCAUGUAAAUUUUUUGGGACAUUACCAUAAAUAUACAUAUGUAAUAUCUAAAAUUUUCAAAAUAAUAUCAAAAAUUUAUACGGAUAAGAUAACCGAUGGUCCCAAACCAACAGAUCGAUUAUCCCUAAUACAAAAAUUUAGGGAUCCAACCCCAGGCUUCGAGAAAUAUAGUAUGUCUAUAUGGCUUCCCCAAGGAUAUAAAAUUUAA